CGCAUACGAGCCGGCUCCAACGCCCUAGCUAGUUUACCAUCGCGCGCCACGCAGAGCGGCGGCUGUACAGUUAGCACGGGCCAUCAUUUUCCACCGGUGAGGGACGACAACAAGCCAACGCAGCAGGCCGCUCGUGUCUAACUUCCGGAGCCCUCUGCUCCAAGUGGCGAGUGCGAGAAGGAAAGCCGGUUUGUGAGGUUCUCCGAGUGCUACUGCCGGCCACGCAUAGCGGAGUCGGUGCGCAGGAAACAGGGGCUUGGGAAAGCAGAGGAGCACGACGGCCUUCAGUCAUUUUGCUGUUUGCAACGCCGCGAACUUCCACCAUGCAGUACUCUGCGCUCACCGAGGCCAACUUCCAUUACCCGCAACUACACAUCGAGGAUGACCCCAAGAAGCAGGCAACGGUGGAGAACAUCGUGCAACCUCUCGUGCUCAACGUACACACUAUCAACAAGAUCCGGGACGUGUUUAACAGCGAGAUCGAGUUGGGCUUGAUGAAGAAUCCGCGCCGAACGUCAUCUCUGCAGAUGGAGAACACCUACCUACCCGAGCUUCCUGACAGCACCGAGAAGGGUGAGUUCCUCGCCUUGGACUUGGGUGGCACCAACUUCCGCGUGCUGCACCUCCAACUCGACCCGGAAGGUGAGAAGCAGUUUCAUGUCAAAUACUACUCCGUUCCGGAACCCGUAAGACUCGGACAUGGCGAGAAGCUGUUCGACUUUUUGGCUGACUGCAUUCACGACUUCAUGGAGACUAAUAACUUGAUGGGAAAGCGGAUGCCCUUGGGUUUCUGCUUCUCAUUUCCCAUGGUACAGAAGGCGCUCAACGUGGGUAUUCUGGUCACUUGGACCAAGAGCUUCAACUGCAGCGGAGUCGUUGGCCAAGACGCUGUUCAGAUGCUGAAAGACGCCAUCGACCGGAGAGGCGACAUGGACAUUGAUAUCGUAGCUGUCGUCAAUGACACGACAGGUACCCUGGUCAAAGGAGCUUUCCUGGAUCACGAAUGUGCCAUCGGUCUCAUCUUGGGAACCGGAAGCAAUGCCUGCUACCUCGAGAACAUCGAAAAUAUCGAGAAGUGGGAAGGCGACAAAACGGGUGUUCGCGAAGUGGUCAUCGAUGUUGAGUGGGGUGCCUUCGGCGACAACGGUGUGCUUAACUUUAUUAAGACGGAGUUUGACCGGAACGUCGACGAUAACUCAUUGCUGGUCAACUCGUUCACUUUCGAGAAGCUCUUCUCGGGCAAAUUUCUUGGCGAGUUGGUACGACAUGUCCUGGUUAAGCUCAUUCGAGAACGAGCCCUCUUCGAUGGCAGGGCUUCCGAGACCAUCCUUACGAAGGGCACGUUCACGACGGCAGACGUCUCGGAACUUGAAGGAGAUGAUGGUGAAGGUCGGGCGCGCGAGGUUUUAGCCAGAAUCGGCUACAUACGGGUAACCAACGAUGAUAUCGCCGUGGUGCGCCACGUCUGCGGCGUAGUUUCGGCAAGGGCGGCGCUACUUGUGUCUAUCUGCCUAGCGGAGCUACUUAACCGCAUGAAGAAACCGACAGUGACAAUAGCCAUCGAUGGUUCACUCUACAAGCAUCACCCAAGAUUCCACCGACUCAUGAUCGAAUUCAUCACAGUGCUGGCGCCAAACCGACCUUUCAAGCUCAUGCUUGCAGAAGACGGUAGUGGAAAAGGAGCAGGUCUGGUAGCCGCUGUGGCUGAUAGGCUGCGACGUGCGAAGCAAAAUGGCUACCAUAAGUGAUGACAGUGCAUCGAUCCGUGUUGGGCACGAUGUGUGUGAAAAAUGUAAUGAAGGUUAUACACAUUUUCAAGAGGUGUACAAUAUAUUUUGUAAAUAUAACGCUGCGCUGAUUA